GGAAGUGACGUUGGCGGACAAAGGCAGCGCGCGCCGCGAGCUGUCGCGUCUGGUCGUGGUCUGGCGGAGUUGCGGUUGGCUUGUGGCGUCUCCGCCGCCGCCGCCCUCCCUUCCUCUUCCCCAUCUUCUUCUCUUGGUCCCGGGAGCCCCCGCCCGGAGUCGUGGGAGAAGAGAUGCAGUACCCUGGGUCUGAACACCUUGGCGGGGAGGAGGAGGCAGCAGCCAGGUGACCGUGAAGGAUGUAGGAUCACAUUUACUGGCUGAGCAGCCAUUUACCAGGCAUGAGGGGUUUGUCUUCCUCUCUGAGCUAGCCUAGAGUGCACACAAAGCCCGUGUGCUCCUGGCCCCCUCCCAGGCCCUUCAGCCACAUACGACAUCUGUGCUCUGGAGCAGAGUGUAGCAGGACCUCCUGCUGUUGGCCGACCGACCUUGCUGUUCCCUCGGACUCUUAGGGACCUCCUCCUGCCCCACUCCAAUCUGGACACCACGAGGCAAAAUGUAGCCAGGACCCCAGGAAUCCCGUUUAUUAAUGAAUCAGCUGUUAGGACAGAUGUCAAAGUCAGGCUUGCUAUUUCCCGGCCAGGAUGUGCCUCCCCUGGCUUGUUCCCAGAAUUUGCGUGAGAGUCGCGGUUGCUGAUCGUGGUGCUUGAGUAGAGCCGUGGUUGGUGACAGCAUGACGAGCGAGGUGAUAGAAGACGAGAAGCAAUUCUAUUCCAAGGCCAAGACCUACUGGAAACAAAUCCCACCCACAGUGGACGGCAUGCUUGGGGGGUAUGGCCACAUCUCCAGCAUCGACAUCAACAGCUCCCGGAAGUUUCUGCAGAGGUUUUUGAGGGAAGGCCCGAACAAGACAGGAACGUCCUGUGCCCUGGACUGUGGAGCUGGCAUUGGCAGGAUCACCAAGCGGCUGCUCCUGCCGCUGUUCAGAGAGGUGGAUAUGGUCGACAUAACGGAGGACUUCCUGGUUCAAGCCAAGACCUACCUGGGGGAGGAGGGCAAGAGGGUGAGGAACUACUUCUGUUGUGGGCUCCAGGACUUCACCCCGGAGCCGGACUCUUACGACGUGAUCUGGAUCCAGUGGGUGAUAGGCCACCUCACCGAUCAGCACCUGGCCGAGUUCCUGGGGCGCUGCAAGGGCAGCCUCCGCCCCAACGGCAUCAUCGUCAUCAAAGACAACAUGGCCCAGGAGGGCGUGAUUCUGGACGACGUGGACAGCAGCGUGUGCCGGGACCUUGACGUGGUCCGCAGGAUUAUCUGCAGUGCAGGCCUCAGCCUCCUGGCCGAGGAGAGGCAGGAGAACCUCCCCGAUGAGAUCUACCAUGUCUAUAGCUUUGCCCUGAGAUGAGCCGGGGCUGGCAGGAGAAACUGAGGAACCACAGUCCUGGUGGGGGGAGCUGGCAGCUGGGCAAGAUCCAGGCGCCACGCUGGCGGUUCGUGAGUGUCGAGGCACCACUAAAUAUAGCUGUCUGCCGUCCACUCAU